AUGAGAUUCGGUCGAAAUAUUCACCUCCAUCAAGUUCCAGAAUGGGCGGAGCAUCAUGUUCCAUACAAUCGGCUCAAAAGACUGCUGAAGAUCGCUGUUGAGAAAGCUACAGAGGAGCAAACUCGUCCCGACUUCUCAGACUUGAGCAUCGCAGGUCAUCUUCGGUUUCGCAAAGAGCAAGAAACCUAUCUUCAAAAGCAAGCAGAAGAGAUACAGGGCCAUUACCGCAUAAGCCUUUGCAAUUUCGAUACAGCUACGGCGGACAAGCUCUCCCGGCUUGACAUUGAGAUCCUUUGCCAAUCGCUUUCUAGGUUAACUAAGGAAAUUUCUCAACUGCAGCGGUACCAAUGGCUGGAUGUUGAAGCGGUUUCUCGUAUCCACACAAAGAUUGACAAAUAUCUGGGUACGGAGAAAAACCGAUCUGCUGGACGAAAUGAUCUGGACAAAUUCAAGGAACAGAAUCCAUCGAGGAAAGCUCUGGCUCGAAACCUUGGAUUAUGGAUUGCUCAUCUACAGGAGGCACUUUCAGAUCCCAGCAGCAGGCCGCUCUACCCACAAUCCCCACUUUAUGAGGCACUACGGCAGGAUCAACCUUCAAUCGUGGUUUCUAUGGUAGAUAAGUCCUUACAGCAGAGCAAAUCAUCAGCGAAACCAUUUCUCUCCCAUCUGCUGGAGCUAGCGGUAUAUGAACUGCGACCAAAUACUGUCUACACUUUACUGUUUGAUGUGCUGCCUCAAUACGAUAUUCCCAUUCAGGCUGCAUUAUUGAAUCGCUUGUUCACGGUUCUGGGUUUCCGGAAGAUGCAACUAUCGGCGCCGUAUUCGUGUAUACUCUUUUGUAAGAUCCGGGAUCUGCUCUGCCAGGUAAUUGGGGAGCUAGGGACCAGAUCAGAGGAGGUUCUGCUCUCGGAAGAUACUCUCGGGCGCUUCCCUCUGCACUAUGCUGCUUCAUACGGUCUUUUGUGGGAGUGCGUGGCAAUAUUCAAUGUCGCUAAAAGCUGGAACAAGGCUUCCCAAUGGUGCCUGAUUAUGCAUACUGACAAACAAGACUGUUCACCUUUUGAGUAUGCGGUUGUUGGCAACCAUCGAGACGCCGUUUCAUCUGUUCUGGUUUACUUGGAAAAAGUCCUGCACGCAUCCGAUAAGGACGACGGAAUAGCACCAUUGUUCAGUCGAACGCUACUUACUGCGUUGCACUACGAUUAUGAUGAUCUGAUGGCGGUCAUCUCUCAGGCAUGCGCUCGCUUUUGUCGGACGCCCAGGAACUGUGAAGGGGCCAGCCCACUGCAUGUCGCCGCGCGUACCGGAAGGGCGGAUCGCGUCAAAAAACUGUUAGAAACCGUAUGCGUCUCUGAGCUCAACUCGGUGGAGCCAAUCUACGGUUGGACCCCACUAGUUGUCGCCUGUGUCGAAGGUCACCAGAGUGUCGUCGCUGUGCUUCUUGAGCAUGGAGCCGACCGGGACAUCAAGGACCACCGCGGUUGGGUAGCACAGGAGCAUGCCGCUUUUCGGGGACAUCUUGCUUUGGCGAAGGGGAUGACAGGACCAUCCAAGUGGGAGUCCGGUACCGAUGUGCUAACUGCUGCAUCAUUGGCGCAGCAGGAUGACAAUGUCAAGGCUCUACAUCAACGGCCGCAACUGGUGGUUUACCUUGGCAGCUUGCAGGAUGGAAAGCAGGUGAACCCAUUUGAAUUUCGGACACCAUCACUGAAAACGAAAGCCACUGGCAAUGACCUUGCACUGAAAGUUUCUUCUCCUGGGAAUGACUCUGCCCGUCAAAUUAACAUGUCCUUUCUUGGUGACACAGCUAACGAAUCAUUCAUCUUCGAGCUUCCAACCACGGGCGAGGCAGAACUGCGCCUAGAACUCCUCGAUUUAGGCGAUGGUCAUGACGGCCAAGCAGAGUUGCUUGGUGGUGGUACAGCGCUGCUGAUAGACAAUCUCAAUUCCUUUGGUGAGAACCGGGAAAGUCUGGUGCGCGAGAGAAGUAUUCCCAUUCUCGAGAGGGGGUCAUUCCAGGUUAUAGCUACGGUGACCUUCACAUUUCUUAUAAUCAAGCCAUUUCAGCAUCCCAACAUCCCCUCUAUGAGAGAAUGCUUUCUCCGUCAUGAUGACUUUUGUCUCGUAGGACAUCGAGGCUUUGGACAAAAUGUCGCCGGGCAUGACUAUUUACAGUUGGGAGAGAACACAGUCGAGUUCCUGCAUGCGAGCAAGAUACAAUCCCCAAUGGGCCAUCCAACAUCCAUCAUGGGAAGCAGGCACCACCAUAAGAAUUCACGCUCCAGGUCUCUUACCAGGGGCUACGAGCAAGGAGCGCAACAAAUGCAAGAGAGGAUGAGACACACAGUAGACUACAUGAGCAAAGGUUUCAAGCCCAACACCCGAGGCCACGUUAUCCAGGAUUCGUUUGCAACCAUCGAAGAGCUACUGACUCAGCUACCGGAGAACCUUGGUUUCAACGUCGAGAUCAGUGAGUCGUCUCCGUAUCUCAUCUCAGAGAACAUUGCUGACAAUGAUUUAGAGUACCCCCGAAUCCACGAAGCCACCGAAGCAGGAGUAGCCCCAGUAGCGAUCGAAAUCAACAUAUUCGUGGAUAAAAUCCUCGAGAAAGUAUUCACCCUGGGGAACAGCAGAAACAUAAUCCUGUCCUCAUUCACCCCCGAGAUCUGCAUUCUCUUGGCAUUCAAACAGCAAACCUAUCCAGUCAUGUACAUCACCAACGCCGGAAAACCCCCAGUCACAGACAGAGAGAAGCGAGCCGGUAGCCUGCAAGCUGCAGUGGGAUUUGCCCAGCAGUGGGGCCUCAAUGGAAUUGUUCUGGCCUCCGAGACUUUGAUCAUAUGCCCUCGGCUGAUCGGAUACGUCCAGCGGUCGGGGCUCGUGUGUGGCUCGUAUGGACCACUCAAUAAUAUCCCCGAAAAUGCCCAGCUUCAAGUUGAUGCUGGCAUCAAUAUUCUGAUGGCCGACCGGGUCGGGCUUAUUGCCAAAGCACUGGAGGACCGGGAUGGCGAUGAUCGGCGAUUGAAAAACUAG